AUGUUAGGCAAAAGCUCGCCUCUCAAAAAGUUCUCGCACCAUCGUGGUAGAUCAAUUGAAGAAUCACGGUCCUCUAAUGGGUUCCACCGUACAACUCCGUCCAGUGGCAGUCACAAUCCACCUGUUACAGGGCAUACGAGGAAUGCGUCGCGUACUUCCAACACAUCGGUCAGCUCUAACUUUCUUGCUGAGCAGUACGAACGUGACAGGCGCGCUAUCUUGGGCAGUUGCUUCGCGCACCAGUCGGGCACAGAUCCGUCCCAGGGACCUUCCAAGAGCUACGUUACGCACAUUAGAAUAAUAGAGGAUGCUAAAUUCCCCAGCACAAGGCCGCCUGUAAACUCUCCGCUUACGAACAAGAAAAAAAGGGUGCUGAUCAUAAGCUCGCUGAGAAAUGGGACCGGAAUGCAGAUUCAUAAGGCGCGUGAAAACAGCAACGGGUCAUUUCAAAUUGGUCGAACCUGGGCCCUAAAGGAGCUGACAGCUGUUGAGCGUGAUACUGAGCAGCUUGAGGGGUUUUUCCUUACCAUGGGAAAACGCUACUACUGGGAAACCAAUUCGGCCAAAGAACGGACAGUUUUCAUAAAGACUCUCAUCAAAAUCUUCAUGGAGGAUUCGGGCGGGCGUGUGCCAAGGCUCUUACAGUGGGACCUCUCACUCUUCUACUUGGACGAGACCAGUUACCAUAGGGCCCUGAUUACCAGCCCACAUCAGGCUAAUACCAGAGUUUCUGGCAUUUCUGCUUCCAAGACCCCAACCGAAGUCCACGCUGAAAGUGCACCCCACUAUCCUCCGGCGCCUGUCAAACUACCGGUGCUGGCGCCGCAACCUGCUGACUCUUACGCUAAGCCUAACUUGUCAGCUGCUACCGGUGGCCAAUCCUUUUUGAAGCCCACAGAAAAUUCCAAUAAACAGGACACCAUGCAGGGUGGUGUUGAUAAGCCUGCAGGUCAAAAUUCACUUGUCACCACAUCCGCUGUUCGCAGUGGCUACAAUCCUUCCAAGGAUUCGGACCAGUCACUUGUCUCCGCCCACCAAAGUGUACGAGAGCACAGUCCUGUCCGUACAAUGCCAUUGGAGAAAAUACCUUAUCAACAAUUUAAGUUGGACGUUGAUAAUACUAGUACUCGACCUUCGCAAAUGCCCCUUUCAACAAAGUCUCAUACUCAGCGUAACAUUGAAAAGGCACAGACCCCUGAUUCUGCAAAUUUCCUUUCUGAGUUAAAUUCAGUAUUAACAGACCAAACGGAAGCACCAGCUGUUUCUUUGACUCAAGAUCCUCCUAUCAAAGAGUUGUCUUUAGGCAGUAACGAUAGUACCAAAGAAGGUUAUGAACUAAGUGACAGGGAAAGUGACGUUGCAAAUCUCUAUCAGUCGGCCUCUUCCGAUGAAGAGGAGGUGUUUCGAUAUGCCAACGAGGAUACGAAUGAGCUGUCGUUUGAAAAAGGUGAUGAAGUACGCCAUAGCCAGGUUCUUGGCCACUCCCAACAUUAUUCUGACGUACAAGAGGUAGAGGAAGAAGUGGAUAACAUGAAUGGUGAUAAGGUACAUGAUAAAGAAGAAAUCAAUGGCCACCAUGACUAUCACGAAGUUUCCACAAUCCGAGAGGAGCCAUCAUCUAUACCAGUUGAUGAGACGAAGCUCGAAGAUACAAGCGGGAAACAAACUGCAUUUACUAGGGUCAACAAUGAAGCAUUAAUGGAUACGCUGGAAGGUGUGAAUUGGUCUGUGAAUGAUGGCUCCGCAGACCUUCUUUACAAACUGAAGAAAAAACAUUCAGAAACAGAAUAUGUCUUGAAUCGGGAAUUAAUAUCUCUCCCUAAAGCAAGUGACAAUGUCUCAAGUUAUCAGCGAAGAGUUAUGGAACAAUGCGAGAAACUUGACCCGCUUCUAUCUUUCUUCGCCAUGGAAUUGUCCACUGUAGCCCGAGAUAUUGAAUACGUCGAAAAUCAAUCAAAUGGAUUACAGGUUGAAAGUGCCAACAAAAAGAUGCUUUGGAAGCAGCUAUCCGAAGUCUUGGGCUCCGUAACAGUGGACGAGACAACCCUAAAUGGGCUUUUAACCUUGCCGCUAAGUGAACGAAAUUUAAGACAAGUUGAGGACUUGCUUAGUUCCCUACAUACGGCGCUCACGGCCAUUGGCAGCGAUGCUGUCGAUGACGGGUCCAACUUCGGAGUUUUGAGAGCUCUCAAAGAAAGAAGGUUAGCUUAUGAUAGAAUUUCAGCACUCUUUUUGGCGCGCUUAGUAGAAGAUAUUCACAAGAAGUUUAUUAACCUGCAGAAUGAGCGCGUCUCAGAAGGCCAUCUGGGGCACGUUCACGAAAGGCUUUUGCUGUUUUCUUCACUGGUCCUAUUCAGCAAAGACAUCUCACAUAAGUCCUACUGGGAAAUAAUUGAGCAUGCUGUCCAGGAAACAGGAGUGCUUCUCAGGAAAAGGCUGACGCCAUUACUUCAAGAUAUUAAGUCCCAGUGGCAAGGUGGUGGCGGAGAUUUGUCCGCUUCUGACUUCUCUGGACAAAAUCAGACGCAGCAGGUUGCUCAUUUAGAGGCGAGUAGACUAUCAAAACAGUUUACACCUUCAAAACCAAAGAAUUCACGCCAAUUAGGGAACGUCAUCUCAUUUUUACAGACCCUGGAGACCCUAGCUAUGACGUGCCAAAAUUUUUUAACUGCUUUCUUCCACAUUGGCGACAAUGCAAGCUUUCAUGAGUUUAUAACUUCUCAUCCAGAUCCCGAAAUGCGAAUAUCUAGACUGGAGAUUAUUUCGCCUAUGGAUGCUGACAGAGAAGCAGCGAACUUAAAAUUGCAUUUGAUGACAAGAAUAUUUCAGUCUUCGUACAACAAUUUUCUGGUCGAAAUUCUGAAUAUUUCAAAAAAGCAGCCUUCGAUAAUUCCAAUACUUUUGCUCAUUGCAGAAUGCGGAGUAGACCGUUUCAAAUCCUCUGAUCAAGAGUUUUUGACUUCCACUUACGAGAAGUUUUAUGAAAAGUUCACACUGGAAUGGGAAGAGUACAUCACUGACCAGUCACGGGCCAUAGAAAGAGCGACUUUGAACAUUAGGAGUAUGUCUGUCUCUCCUUAUACAACUGGCUUGACCUCUUUCGUAGCACACCUCGAAGAUGAAGUAUUCUUUGUUUGCGACAGUCUGAAAAUGAAAUCUGUAAAUUACCCCAAAUCUCGCAAACUUCUAGACCACUCCUACGAUAGAGUUGGCCAGUCGCUACUGAAACUUGUCACGAGAAGUGCAAAGGACCCUAUGACCCCCGAAAUCAUGCAAUCAUCUACUCCUGAUGGGAAGCUGGAAAGCAUAUCUCUCCUCAUCAACUGCAAUUGGCUUAUUGAGAUUUUGCCACUUUUUGGCAGCGAUAUGUUAUUCAAUGACUGCCUGCACAGGUCGAAGAGUCUAUUCAACGUAGAAAAAGAACAUUACGCGGAGUCCCUCUUACGCAGCACCAUGAAUCAUUUGCACAGUUUCGUAGAGGGUGCUUGUACACUAGUCGAAGCAGCCAAAACAAAGAAGGUCAAUCCUUCACAGUGGGCUGUCUAUAGCCAGCAGAAUUUGACGAAAAUUUUGGAUCGCUAUAAUGCUCAGGAGAUAAGGUUGGCAAUCGAUAAGCUUUGUGGCAUAGUUCAGAGCGACUUUCCAUAUGAAAAUGAGAACAUGAUCAACGCCGUCUUAUUUGACAAGCUUUGGUCCUGCAUACAAGGACAAACGGUUUCACUCUACUUGAAACUCUACACGCUGAUCGAGAAGCAUUAUAAGGGAACUACUGUGAAGUUCACCAAAAACGAGAUCAUUUCGGCCUUCAAUGUACAUAAGAUUGGACCGUAA